AUGACAUUAGCAGGGCAUAUCUUUCUCUUGCUCUUGUUUCCCUCAUUAACAGUUGUUCAUUCCCUGCACCUCAAUUUGAUCCACAAAUAUUCUAUCCACUCUCCGCUCUUCCCGGGAAACCUCACCAAUAGUGAGAUGGCGCAACGUCUUUAUGCCGGCGACAGAGCCCGUGCGCGACUCCUACGACCAUCUCUAUCUGGUCUCAACUAUAGUAUAGAGCAACUCCGCCCUAAUCUCAAAGGCGACCCUUCAUCCUAUAUGGUAGAGCUCACUAUCGGCACACCUGCUCGAAGGAAGUACCACUUAGUGAUGGACACUGGUAGUAGUAUCUUGUGGAUGCAAUGCAAGCCAUGCAUCCAUUGUUGGAAACAAAAGGUGCCAAUCUUCGACCCGGGCAAAGAGUCAAGCUCAUUCGACCCCAUACCGUGCAAUCAUACGUUGUGUGACUUGAGCAAACCAGGUUGGAAAUGUGUGAAAGGCCGAUGCCACUACUCAAUUAAGUAUACCGAAGGGUCUUCAACUGAAGGCGUCCUCGCCUCGGAGACAUUAGGCUUCGCAUCUGACGGACCCGAGAAAGAGUUUGUUCGUAACUUCAUCUUUGGUUGUACUCACGAUAGUCGAGAUUUCACAUUGUCGAAGGAGCACUCGGGGAUCUUAGGCCUCAACAUGAAUCGAUUGUCGCUGCCGAGCCAAUUAUCGCGACAGAUAGGUGGUCGGUUCGCAUACUGCCUCUCGCUGCUCACGAAUAACGCGCAUCCGCCGAGCCGACUCAAGUUUGGCGACGAGGCCGUUCUUAAAGGCCCUCAAGUCAAGACCAUUCCCUUUGUCCACGUGCCGAAUGAAAUGAUAUACUACCUUGCUCUGUCUGACGUGAGCGUCGCUAAUCGUCGUCUUAGGUUCAAGCCGGAGGACUUUGCUGUUCGGAGAGAAGGGAGGCAUUUGAAAGCGGGCUUCAUAAUCGACACCGGAUCGACCUAUACGAUAUUUAGCAAUGGAGGGCCGUAUGAGCGGAUCAGCAAAGCGUUCGUGGAGCACUUCAAGCCUUUUAAGCUCCGAAGGACCAAGUAUAGUCCGUUUGAGGUGUGCUACAAGGUUCCGCGCAAAGGAUUCAAGGGGUCGUUGCCGAGUAUGACGCUCCACUUUGUCGGCGGCGUAGAUUACGUAGUGCAGCCAACGAAUAUAGUAGAGGAGAUGGAGGAGAACACAAUCUGCGUCGCCAUAUCGAGUCUUCCUGAUAUGAGCAUUCUUGGAGUAUAUCAGCAGUUUAAUUACCAUUUCUCCUACAAUGUGAAGGAGAUGUCAUUAUCCUUUGCCCCUGCAGAUUGUAGCAGAAUUGCAUGA